AUGGACGCUAAAGUACUUGCUGGAAUUUCUGAUGCAAAACUCAAACAUGCUGAAACUGUUGAUAAAAGUGCACCAGUUAUUGAAAAUGUAGAAAUUAAGAAAGGUGAUAGAAAUGAACUUCUUAGUGGAAUUAAAGAAGGUAAAGAAUUAAAGAAAGUUGAAAGUAAUGAUAGAUCUGCACCAGUUAUUGCUGCUGAUGCUAAAGUACAAGAAAACACUAGAGGUGCUCUUCUUGCUGAUAUUCAAGCCAAAGCUAAAUAA